AACAUAUGUCCUUACUAAGUCUUCAAUGUUUUUUUGAAUUUGACUAUCCGAAUAUUAUUUGGAUAGUAAAUAAAUGUGACGUUUUUACACAUGUAAACGUGUAAAAAUUACACAUUUGGAUUUGUAGCGUACUAACUAUACAUAAAAAAAGUAUCAUCUAAAAGAAAUAUGGCAGACACUCAGAUUAUGACUUCAGAGUUUUAUAUCUUUUUUUUCCUUUCAUUUCACGUGGUUGUGACAACGCAGACAUUUGUUCAGAAUUAUAAAAACUACAACAUAUUUCAGAACGGAGCAAUUUAUCACAUUUCCGUAAUAUAAAGUCCUUUGACAAUCAAUAUAUCAACAUUUUUUAACUGCAACUUGACGAUCUAACCUGAGAUAAUCGUGUCUAUUUGAAUUUAAAUAAUAAUUACUUUUGAUAAUUUUGUUUUUAAAAUGAUAAAUUUGUUUAUUUAUCCGUUUGUUUUCCCUGUACGUAACUUAGAACAUUGAAAAAUUGUGUCGCCAAAUUUUGAUAGACAACCGUGACGUCGAUUUUCAACGGAUUCUCUGGAGGCCAUCUCCAACUGCUUCCAUCGCUGAAUAUCGACUCCUUACCGUCACUUAUGGUACGACAUCGACUCCAUUCGUCGCCCUACGAGUUCUAAAGUUAACUUAUUCAGUCCUGUGAAAAGAAAUACGAGGGAAUGAGAAUGUGUGUUCGACAGGUAUCACAGAUCGCCGCAUAAUGCUGGAGGAUCGCACGCAGUGGCUCACAUCCGACGUUGACAACUGUUCCUGUUGCUGUGAGCAACAGAACGGCGAUCAGUGGCCGGAGGACGCCGAAAAGUGGCAGAAAUCGUCGCGCGCGAGAAGAUUUCUGAGAGCCAUUGGCAACUGCUGCAUCUGCACGCUGCGCUGCGUGAGACGAUGGAUCAAGAAGCUCGUGGAGCACAAGUACUUCCAGCAGGGUAUUCUACUGGCGAUCCUCAUUAACACCUUGAGCAUGGGAAUCGAGUAUCACAAUCAGCCGGAACAACUGACGGUCGCUGUCGAAAUAAGCAACAUCGUAUUCUCGGCAAUCUUCGCGGUGGAGAUGUUGCUUAAGAUAAUAGCGGAAGGCCCGUUCGGUUACAUCAGCAACGGCUUCAACGUCUUCGACGGUAUCGUCGUCGUUCUAAGGUAGAAUAACUCUUUUUCUGAAAUGUCGCCUUGUUUGCUGGUAUUUAUUCUCACUUAUCGCCAUCAUCGCAUUAACAGUGUCAUUCUGAACGUUGAUGUCGCAAAAUACACUGCAAAUCCAAGUGUGUAAUAAGUACACAUUCAUGUAAAAGUACUCAUAUGGUUUGGAAGUAACUCGUUACUUGUAACGAAAUUACAGUUACAGUUACAUUUUUUUGAUAACUGUAACCUUGCUUAGUUACUUUUUCCCAUCUGUAAUUGCAACUUAACUUAGUUACUUACUUUUAGUAACUUGUAACUUUUUUAACAAUUACUUUAAUAAUUACUUGGUGAACAUAAAAUUAAAUUAAAAUGGUAUAGUAAUCGUAUAUUAAUUUAAUAAAUUUAUCAAGCACACAUAUGUAGUAUUUAUGGAGUACGUGAAUA